AUGGAGUUAUACUUCUUUAGCGUAACUAAAGACUUCAUCCCGUGUGCCAGUACAAGAGUACUAUUUGUGAAGAAAAGACGUUUGAAAUUGGUGUCGCUUUUAGACGAGGAGAGCGAAGUGCAGGUGCGGCUGGCCCGCAGCGGCGCCUCGUGGGCGGGAGGGCUGAGCGCGGGGGGCGGCAGUCCGAGGGCGAGCCGCCGCGACCCCUCCAUCCUGAAAGGCGGCAGCUUUCGCGCGCGGCGCCACGCCGAGGCGCCCGCCGUCACCUUCAACGUAGAGAACGAGGAGGACUCGGACGAGGGCCAGAUCACGUUCAGCGCGCGUCCGCGGCCGGCGGUGCAGUACCGCGCGCAGGCGCACGAGCCGCCCCGCGCGCCCCGCACCCGCCCCUCGUCGCUCCUGGUCGCCGGCGAGGAGGCGCCCGAGGCCGAGGAGCGCCUCUCCGCACGCUCGCGCUCCGUCGAGGACUCCACCAAGACGGACUCGCCCAUCGUCGACCUGAAGCUGAGGAGCCUCAAGCGGACCGCGGAGAUACUGAAGAAGGUCGGCUCGGCGGAGGGGCUGACGCGGUUGAAGGACAAGAUAAUGUCGCGCGGUAACGGCUCCCGCGAGCGCAGCCCGCCUCGCGACGAGCCCGGCAGCGAUGACGAGUCGGCGCCGCUGGUCAGUUCGCCCACCACCGUCGCCACCGUCUCCGAGCUGCACCGGCGCUCCGCCUCCUCCAGCUCCAGCUCGCCGCUCGACCUCGCCUCCAACUCCAGGACCUAUCCGACCUCGCCCACGAAGAAAAUGAUCGGAAUAGAGUGCCGUGACCGCAGUCUGCAAGACGUCACCGCCAGUACAGAUUUUUCGCCCCGAUCCGACAUCACCGACCUGGAGUCGCCCCGAGAGGGCACAACGGAGUUCGAUCAUUUGCCGGAAUGCAAAUCGACCGAUGGGAAGUCCUUAACAAAAGCACGGGUGGACCGAGUGGACAGCGGGUCUUCUCUGUCAAACAUGGUUGAACCGUAUAACAUGUACUUAUUGUCCCACGGUACGUCGGAAAACUCACGAGCACUUUGGCGACAGAACGCUCUCGACUCUGGUCCGCCGUGGCCGUGGGAUGAUGAACCCGACUCCGCAGUG